AUGAGUGCAUCUCGUGCUAUACGAGGCUCUCCUAAGCUCCUCAGUAGCCUUUUGCGCUCCUUACCCUCAAUGGUUGCCCGCCAAUGGGUUUGCCGGCGAUGCGCAUCCACCGCAGCUCUACAGACAUGCUCCAGGGGACUGCAGUCACAAGCAACACAGUGGCCCUUAGACCGACGGUGGCAGCAAAGACGAAAUGCUGCCGGGGCGGCUGCUGCAAUGUUGGACGAAGCUCAUGACCCUGAUACCCUUUCACAGGAGACAAUCAUCCACAAUCUAUCGGCGGAGGAGGCACAUCGUCUCUCUAGAGUGAGAAAUAUUGGUAUUGCGGCACACAUUGACUCGGGCAAAACGACGGUCACGGAACGAGUAUUAUUCUACACCGGGCGCAUCAAUGCCAUUCACGAAGUUCGAGGGAAAGAUGCCGUCGGUGCCAAAAUGGAUUCUAUGGAUUUGGAAAGAGAAAAGGGCAUCACGAUUCAAUCAGCAGCAACCUUCUGCGAUUGGGUCAAAAUGGAAAAUGGAAAAGAGGAGAAAUACCACAUCAAUUUGAUCGACACCCCCGGCCACAUCGACUUCACCAUUGAAGUGGAAAGAGCGCUCCGAGUAUUAGAUGGCGCUGUGAUGAUCUUGUGUGCCGUAUCAGGUGUCCAAAGUCAGACCAUCACCGUGGAUCGACAGAUGAGGAGAUACCAUGUCCCCAGAAUCAGCUUUAUCAACAAAAUGGACAGAAUGGGUGCGAACCCAUUCAAAGCAGUCGAUCAAAUCAAUAAGAAGCUUAAACUUGCCGCUGCCGCUGUCCAAGUCCCGAUUGGUACCGAAGACGAGUUCCGAGGUGUUGUUGAUUUGGUCACAAUGAAAACAUGCUAUGCUGAAGGCGCUCGUGGUGAAAUCAUCGUCACCAAGGACGAGAUACCUGCCGAAGUUCAACAACUUGCAAAAGAGCGACGAGCAAAGCUUAUUGAAACGCUGGCCGACGUUGAUGAUGAAAUUGCCGAACUCUUCUUGGAAGAGCAAGAACCCACAGUGGAGCAAUUGAAGGCAGCAAUUCGACGGGCGACUAUUUCUCUCAAGUUCACCCCCGUCUUCAUGGGCUCUGCGCUUGCUGACAAGUUUGUCCAGCCAAUGUUGGAUGGAGUGUGCGACUAUCUUCCCAACCCGUCUGAAGUCUCCAACACGGCUCUAGAUCGUCGACAAGCAGAGGCACCCGUCAAACUGAUUCCAUAUAAUUCCUUACCAUUCGUUGGCCUAGCAUUCAAGCUGGAAGAAUCAAACUUUGGUCAACUCACCUACAUUCGCGUGUACCAAGGCAAAUUGAAGAAAGGGUUAAAUGUGUUCAAUGCUCGAACAGAUAAGAAAAUCAAGGUCCCUCGCAUUGUACGCAUGCACUCGAAUGAAAUGGAAGAAGUCUCCGAAGUCGGAGCUGGAGAAAUCUGCGCGGUGUUUGGGGUUGACUGUGCCUCCGGAGACACCUUCACCGACGGCCAAUUGGGAUACAGCAUGACCAGCAUGUUCGUUCCCGAACCUGUCAUCUCCCUCAGCAUUAAACCCAAGAACAACAAAGAUCUGCCGAACUUCUCCAAAGCAAUUGCGCGAUUCCAACGUGAGGAUCCCACAUUCAGAGUCCACUUUGACGUCGAAAGCGAGCAGACAAUCAUUUCUGGCAUGGGUGAACUCCACCUGGAAGUCUACGUGGAACGAAUGCGGAGAGAGUACAAGGUUGAUUGCGAAACUGGUCCACCCCAAGUCGCUUACCGCGAGACCAUCACCAAGAGAGCCGAUUUCGACCAUCUUCUCAAGAAACAGACCGGUGGUCCCGGCGAUUACGCUCGUGUUGUGGGCUGGAUGGAGCCCACAGGCAAACUCGACGCCAACCACUUCGAAGAGCAAGUUGUUGGAGGUUCUAUUUCCGAGAAGUUCUUGUUUGCCUGUGAAAAAGGUUUCAUGGCAGCAUGCGAAAAAGGCCCCUUGAUCGGUCACAAAGUUCUCGGUGCAUCCAUGGUCAUCAACGACGGUGCUACCCAUAUGACGGAUUCGAGUGAACAGGCCUUCAAGAAUGCCACGCAACAGGCAUUCCGCAAAGCUUUCAUGGAAGGAGAUCCUGUGGUGCUGGAACCUUUGAUGAAAACCGUCGUGACCGCUCCCACUGAGUUCCAAGGGAAUGUUGUGGGUUUGUUGCAAAAACGCAAUGCGAUCAUCAACGACACAGAGGUUGGUGUUGACGACUUCACCGUUUGGGCUGAUGCUAGUCUGAACGGGAUGUUUGGUUUUAGCAGUAACUUGCGAGCCGCGACGCAAGGAAAAGGCGAAUUCAGCAUGGAAUUCAGUCAUUAUGAGCGAGCGCCAGCCCAAUUGCAGAAGGAGCUGGUAGCGGCAUAUCUCAAAGCUCAGGCCGAAAGGAAUAAGAAAUGA